AUGUCGUCUACACGUUGCCCUCUGGACUUCCCCGUUGGAUCUACACCUGACUGCUAUCGUGAUGCCAAGCUCGGCAAACUGAAAAGCGUCUUGGAGAGCAACGUGCUAGCUACGUCCUUACAAGAGUCACGUACUGCGUGGCUCGGUCCUCUUCUACCUGAAUUUGCUGCAGUUGACGGCCUGAUCCCACCUGCACAUUCCACGAUGAUGCUCAGCAGGUGCACCCUCGUAAUCGGGCCGCAUACGUUUUUUGAUACAGGCAUUUACGAAGUCGUCUAUGAAGAUACUGCGUUUGAGGUGCAGACGGCCACGAACCCAGCUCCGAAGUUGCAAUCGAGGGAGGGGACCACACCGCCGUUGUCCACGUCGUCCACGACGUUCAUGUCGGAAAUCACGCACGAACUCAUCUCGCGCGUCAAUUCGAAAGCGCAGAGAGAUUCCCAACUAAUGCACUGCAUCCGCGAAUCCAUCGCGGGCACAGCCAUGCCAGAAGAAGCCAGAUAUAUCACGACAGCUAUCAACCAACUCAAGGAGGCUGAGCUCUUAAGCUGGCAACCUGCUCUGCCUGCGCGUGUCUCUAGGACCUGGGACAUAGUCUUUGAGUUCAAUGAUCGCUCGAAUAGCCGUCGGCUUCUCCCUCGAGGCCCAGCUUUCAUUGAACGCGAGCCGCUUAAUGGCCCACGACUGGACGUCAUGCAGAUCUCGAUACCUAUCGCCGCUCCGAACACGACUACUGCCACCAAGAUAGCCUCGCCUUCGUUGACUUCACCACACCAGUCCGAAGUCGUCACUCUGCAGGUCGCACAGCCUUCACAUGCCUUAUACGAUUCGUUCAUCAGAUGGGUUGGCGGUGCCGAACAGAACACGAGGAACCGUGAUACGUUGCGCAAUAUAUUGAACAAAGCACCCCCCCGGCAAUACCUUCAGUACAACCUGCCCGCCAACUCCGAGUUCUUUGAGAAUUUCAAACGAAAUCUGGAAUCACCUUUCCCGAUGACGAGCCUAAAACCUGCUCCAGACGUCUUGAAGCGGAAGCAUUCACCGGUAACGUAUCAGGAAAUCAUUCUAAGUGCACCUUUACCUGAGAUGCCCGAAACAGUCCAUGAUGCAAGGCAUGCAGCCGAAGAAGCGACAGAGACAAGUGACAUCAAAUACCUCAGCUCUCACGUCGAAGCCGACGUACAAGACACUGCCACCAUCAUAGAGCAAUCUAUUGCGCACUUGGCUAAGGGAGGUAGAGUUGAUCAGUCCUGCACGGCAGCCGGUAGUGAUUGGGCUACCGCCGGGUGUAGUGUUACAGGUGUACCCGCAUAG